CUUCUGCAAAUGAAUGCAGUACAAAUUCAAAUCCUUAUACAAUAGACAAUUUAAUUAAGGCAAUUCCAUUAGUACUUGGAAUUCUUCUUGUAAGAAGUUAAAAAACUACUGAUUGUACAUGUUUGCUUACAGCAACACUGUAGAUGAUUACUCAUCGAUAGCUCUCUAUAAAUAUAAGUUGUAGAAAUCAUGAUAAGAAGAUAAAAUUGUGAUUUGAAUCAGCAUGACUGUGUCCAAGCUGAGAAAUUUUACGAUAAUGAUGUAGCUGUUAUUACCUAUUCUUCGAGGACUACUACACCCUGCACCAAACUCAUUAAUAAAAAAAUGCAUGCUCCCCAAAAUAAUAUUAGCACAAUAUGUGCUAUACAGUUAAGUGUUAUCUAUAGACACUUGAUAAAAUAUUUAAAACAAAAUUUUAAAUUACCAUUUCAUAUUUAGAUCUUUCUCACAUCAUGAACCUUUUUUAAAUCGAUACAUUCAUUCAGUGAACUGUAUUACUGUCAGCUGUCACAAUUACAGAGAAUUUUAAAUUUUUAAUAACAAAAAUAAUAUAAUAGGACCUCAGAAUACAACAAGCAGCUAGAGAAGCAGUUUGAUAACUGCCCUGUAAGAAAUUAAUUAAUAAAGACUGUUUACUACGACUAAACAAAGUGAGAAAAUUAUUUAUUAUAUUUUCAAUGCUUUAAUUUAUUCAGUGAUUUUGUGGAGAGGUAUUUUUAUUUAACAAUUUUAACAAAGCAUAUUGUAUGAACUUGCAAAACCAGAUGAAUAUACU